AUGGCGCUCCCUCGCGACUUUCUUUGGGGCUUCGCCACGGCUGCGUACCAAAUCGAGGGUGCCGUGGACCAGCACGGCCGUGGCCCGAGCAUAUGGGACUCGUUCUGCAAGACGCCGGGCAAAAUCGCCGACGGCUCCUCGGGAGAUGUGGCCUGCGACUCGUACAACCGCACCGCCGAGGACGUUGCCCUCCUCGCAUCUCUCGGCGCGACCGCCUACCGCUUUUCCCUCUCCUGGACGCGCAUCAUCCCCAAGGGCGGUCGCGGUGAUGCCGUCAACCAGGUUGGCCUCGACCACUACGUCCGCUUCGUCGACGACCUGCUCGCCGCCGGCAUCACGCCCUUUGUCACCCUCUCGCACUGGGAUAUCCCCGACGAGCUGCACAGGCGGUACGGGGGCCUGCUGGACCGCACCGAGUUCCCCCUCGACUUUGAGCACUUUGCCCGCCUCGUCUUCCGCGCCCUGCCGAGGGUCCGGCACUGGCUCACCUUCAACGAGCCGUGGUGCUCCUCCGUCCUCGGCUUCAGCCUUGGCCAGUUCGCCCCCGGACGGACGUCGGAUCGCACCAAGAGCCCCGUCGGCGACGGCGCGACCGAGCCCUGGAUCGUCGCCCACAACCUGCUCGUCGCCCACGGCAGGGCCGUCAAGGUCUUCCGAGACGAAUUCCAGCCGGCCAACGGCGGCGAGAUCGGCAUCGUCCUCAACGGCGACGCCGUCUUCCCCUGGGACCCGGCCGACGCCGCCGACGUCGAGGCGUGCGAGCGCAAGCUCGAGUUUUCCAUCUCCUGGUUCGCCGACCCGAUAUACCUCGGCGACUACCCUGCCUCGAUGCGCGACCAGCUGGGUGACCGGCUCCCGACCUUUACGCCGGCCGAGAGGGCCCUCGUGCACGGCUCCAACGACUUUUACGGCAUGAACCACUACACGGCCAACUACGUCAAGCACCGAACCGGCGCUGCCGACCGGGGAGACGUCGCCGGCCACGUCGAAAUCCUCUUCGACAACAAAAAUGGCGACUCCAUCGGCCCCGAGACGCAAUCCACCUGGCUGCGCCCCUGUGCACCGGGUUUCCGAGACCUGCUCGGGUGGAUAAGCAGGCGGUACGGGUUCCCCAAGAUCUACGUGACGGAAAACGGGACGAGCAUCAAGGGCGAGAACGAGCUGCGGCGGGAACAGAUCCUCGACGACGACUUCCGAGUCGGGUACUACGAGGACUACGUCGGUGCCAUGGCCUUGGCCGUCGAGCGAGACGGCGUCGACGUCCGCGGAUACUUUGCCUGGUCGCUCAUGGACAAUUUUGAGUGGCACGAAGGCUAUGAGACGAGGUUUGGCGUGUGCUACGUCGACUACGAAAACGGGCAACGACGAUACCCCAAGAAGAGCGCAAGGCGUCUCAAGCCCCUGUUUGACAGCCUCCUGACGAAGGGGUAG